CCGAGUACUGUACAUCAUCAUCAUAUCCUAAAACGAUCCAUCCAAUCAAUUCAUCGAUAGUUACACUACAAUCAUCAUCGUCUUCCUCCUCCCCUUUCUCUGAAACUGAAAACCCUAACUCUUUUCACCAAAUCCAAAUCAGAGGAAAUCUCUGGCUGAGCUGUAAUGGGAGCGAGUCGGAAACUGCAAGGCGAGAUAGAUCGGGUGCUGAAGAAGGUUCAGGAAGGCGUUGAUGUUUUCGACAGCAUCUGGAACAAGGUAUAUGAUACGGAUAAUGUUAACCAAAAGGAAAAGUUUGAGGCUGACUUGAAGAAGGAGAUCAAGAAGUUGCAGCGGUAUAGGGACCAGAUCAAGACUUGGAUUCAGUCUAGUGAGAUCAAAGAUAAAAAAGUCAGUGCAUCAUAUGAGCAAUCUCUGGUUGACGCUCGGAAGCUCAUUGAGCGAGAAAUGGAGAGGUUUAAAAUAUGUGAGAAAGAGACCAAGACAAAAGCAUUCUCCAAGGAAGGACUGGGUCAGCAACCUAAAACUGACCCAAAAGAGAAAGCAAAGUCAGAAACAAGAGAUUGGUUGAACAAUGUGGUGAGUGAACUCGAGUCGCAGAUUGAUAGCUUUGAAGCUGAGUUGGAAGGACUAUCUGUCAAAAAAGGGAAGUCAAGGCCGCCCAGAUUGACACAUCUUGAGACAUCUAUUACAAGGCACAAGGAUCAUAUAAUAAAGUUGGAAUUGAUAUUGAGGCUUCUGGACAAUGAUGAAUUAAGUCCAGAACAAGUAAAUGACGUCAAAGAUUUUCUGGAUGAUUAUGUUGAACGAAAUCAGGAUGAUUUUGACGAUUUUUGUGAUGUUGAUGAGCUCUAUAGCACGUUGCCACUAGAUGAGGUGGAGGGUCUUGAAGAUCUAGUUACUGCUGGCCCCCUCGUCAAGGGUACUCCUCUGAGCAUGAAGAGUUCUUUGGCAGCGUCAGCAUCUCAAGUUCGGAGCAUAAGUUUACCAACACACCAUCAGAGUUCUUCUCAAGAGAAGACAGAUGAUACAGCUUUACCGGAUAAUUCUGAGACACCUCCAAAAACCCCUCCCCAAAAGAAUGGGGCCCUUCACUCAGCACCAUCAACACCCGUUGGGGGACGUCCAAGUUUGAAUGUGCCCGUCAAUAGUGUUCCAAAUGCACCAGUUGCCUUAUCAACUUCCAUUCCUGUUCAUACUUCCACAGAAAGCAUGGGAAGUUUGUCUCCAGUGGCUGCCAAGGAAGAAGAUGCAACAACCGUGCCUUCCCGUAAACCACCCUCAUCUGUUGCUGAUGCUCCAACGAGGGGAAUAGGUAGAGUUAAUAUCCCCAACCAGCCCCAACCAAGUCAGCCUCUGUCUCCAAGUCCUGCUAAUGGAGCUCGCAUGACUGCUACUUCAGCAGCUGAAGUUGCAAAGAGAAAUAUAAUGGGAGUUGAGAGCAAUGUCCAACCUCUAACCUCUCCGCUCAGCAAAAUGGUAUUGCCACCCCCUGCGAAGGGUAAUGAUGGAGCUGUCUCUGAUAGUAACCCUGGUGAUGUUGCCGCCAGUAUCGGUAGAGCAUAUUCACCGUCUACUGUAUCUGGUUCGCAGUGGAGGCCUGGGAGUCCCUUUCAGAGUCAGAAUGAAACGGUCCGUGGAAGAACUGAAAUAGCACCAGAUCACAGGGAGAAAUUUCUACAGCGGUUACAACAAGUACAACAAGGCCAUGGUAACCUCUUAAGCAUGGCUUCUCUAUCCGGAGGAAACGAGAAGCAGUUUUCUUCACAACAGCAAAAUCCGCUCUUACAGCAGAGCUCUGCCAUGUCUCCUCAUGGUGGCUCGGGAAUUCAGGCGCCAGGAUUUAAUCUUAUGAGUUCUGGCUCCUUACAGCACUCGUCAAAUGCCAUGACUCAACAAUUUGGUCAGCAGCCUUCUGUUGCAGAUGUUGAUCAUGCCAGAAUUGACGAUCAGCUGCAACAAAACUUACCUGAGGAUUCAACUACCAUAGCAGCUUCAAAAACUAUUCCUAAUGAGGAUGAGUCUAAAGGUCUAUUUGAUAAUCCGUCGGGAAUGCCCAGCUACAUGUUGGAUCAAGUACAGGCAAUUAGGGACGGCCCUGAUUUUUCUCCUGGACAACCCAUACAACCUGGCCAACCUUCAAGUAGCCACGGGGUUAUUGGACGUAGAAGUAACUCUGAACUAGGAGCUAUUGGUGACCCCUCAGCUUUAGGGCCACCAAUGAACGAUCAGAUGCACAAUCUCCAGAUGCUCGAAGCUGCUUUCUAUAGACUUCCUCAACCAAAAGAUUCAGAACGUCCUAGACCCUAUACUCCGAGGAACCCAGCAGUCACACCUCAAUCGUUUCCCCAAACACAAGCGCCAAUCGUAAGCAACCCUUUGUUCUGGGAACGUUUAGGAAGCGAUGCUUUUGGAACCGAGCCUUUGUUCUUUGCAUUUUACUAUCAGCAGAACUCGUAUCAGCAGUAUCUAGCUGCAAAAGAGCUGAAGAAACAGUCAUGGAGAUACCACAGAAAGUUCAACACAUGGUUUCAGAGACAUAAGGAGCCAAAGAUUGCAACUGAUGAGUAUGAACAAGGAGCCUAUGUUUACUUUGAUUUCCAAACCCCAAAAGACGAGAAUCAAGAGGGAGGAUGGUGCCAAAGGAUCAAAAACGAGUUCACGUUUGAAUACAGUUAUCUUGAAGAUGAACUCGCCGUAUAGACAAGAGAUAGAGAGAGAGAUACAUGUUGUCUAUGUAUAUGCUCUCGCGCAAGUGGUUAUUUCCUGAGUUUGUACUCAUUUCUUUUCAGUACCUUUUAAAUAACCAAAGACAGAUUUUUCUAGUAAUCUGUUUUCUUAAACCGUAA